AUGAAAGUCUUCACACCAAUCUUCGUGUUAAUGGCAUUCGCUACCUCCCAGGCAAUUGCUGCACCUUCAGCCGAGAGUGCAGACCUAGAGACGCGCGCCGACUAUUGCGUUAAGAUUAGUGUAUGCCAUGGCUACAACUACGAGGGCGGCUGCUAUAGUGAAUGCAAUAGGCCCGGUCAGGGUUACAGUAUCAAACAGGAGUAUCGGAAAAAUGCCGGCUCGUUCAAAAUUGGGACCAAGGGCUAUAACUGCCAGAUUGGAUCAUCCAAUCAGGGUACGGACCCAGUGGAUUACCCUGGAAUCAAGAGACUCAAGGAUGGAUGGAUCAAUAACAUUGAAGGAUAUCAAUGCAACAAACUCAAAUGA